GCAACGCUGAGGGGUCUGGGGGAACACAGAGGGCCUGGAAGGCAUGGCCCCUGCCCACAUGGCAUUCAGGGUCUAGCUGCAAGCACAGACCAUGCAUGUGUUGCUUCCGUGCCCGGUAAAGACUCUUACUCGGCGACGUGUCCACCAGGACAAAUUAAUUCCCACGUAGUGACACCAGUGACCGAGGGGAUGCCGAGGAGGGGAGCAGCCGCUGCUGGGCGGGGCGCAUCAUGGCAUGCGCUUUGGAGAUCGACAAGUAUCUCUACGCCAUGCGGCUCUCCGAUGAAACUCUGAUGGAUAUAAUGGCUCGUUUCCAGAAGGAGAUGAGGAACGGUCUUUCCCGGGAUUUUAACCCGACAUCCACAGUCAAGAUGUUGCCAACGUUUGUGAGGUCCAUUCCUGAUGGUUCAGAAAAGGGAGAUUUCAUUGCCCUGGAUCUUGGUGGGUCUUCCUUUCGAAUUCUGCGGGUGCAAGUGAAUCACGACAAAAAACAGAAUGUUCAUAUGGAGUCUGAGGUAUACGGCACCCCGGAGAACAUCAUGCACGGCAGCGGAACCCAGCUCUUCGAUCACGUUGCUGAGUGCCUGGGAGACUUCAUGGAGAAAAGGAAAAUCAAGGACAAGAAAUUACCUGUGGGACUCACAUUUUCUUUCCCUUGUCGGCAAUCCAGAAUAGACGAGGGCAUUCUGAUCACCUGGACAAAGCGAUUUAAAGCAAGUGGAGUGGAGGGAGCGGAUGUGGUGAAGCUGCUUGAGAAAGCCAUCAAAAAGCGUGGGGAUUAUGAUGCCAACAUUGUGGCUGUGGUGAAUGACACGGUGGGGACCAUGAUGACCUGUGGCUAUGACGAUCAGCAGUGUGAAGUUGGCAUCAUCAUUGGCACUGGUACCAAUGCUUGCUACAUGGAGGAGCUGAGGCACAUUGACCUGGUGGAGGGCGAUGAGGGCAGGAUGUGCAUCAACACUGAGUGGGGGGCCUUCGGGGACGACGGGUCCUUGGAAGACAUCCGCACUGAGUUUGACCGCGAGAUAGACCGGGGGUCUCUGAACCCUGGAAAACAGCUGUUUGAGAAGAUGGUCAGUGGCAUGUACCUGGGGGAGCUGGUUCGACUGAUCCUGGUCAAGAUGGCCAAGGAGGGCCUUUUAUUUGAAGGGCGGAUCACCCCAGAGCUGCUCACCAGAGGGAAGUUCAACACCAGUGAUGUGUCAGCCAUUGAAAAGAAUAAGGAAGGCCUCCACAAUGCCAAAGAAAUUCUGACCCGCCUGGGAGUGGAACCAUCUCAUGACGACUGUAUUUCGGUCCAGCAUGUGUGCACCAUUGUCUCAUUCCGCUCUGCCAACCUGGUGGCUGCAACUCUGGGCGCCAUCUUGAAUCGCCUUCGGGAUAACAAGGGCGUCCCCAGGCUGCGGACCACGGUUGGUGUCGACGGGUCUCUUUACAAGACGCACCCACAGUAUUCCCGGCGUUUCCACAAGAUUGUGAGGCGCUUGGUGCCCGACUGCGACGUGCGUUUCCUCCUGUCGGAGAGUGGCAGUGGCAAGGGGGCGGCCAUGGUGACCGCGGUGGCCUACCGCCUGGCUGAGCAGCACCGGCAGAUAGAGGAGACCCUGGCCCACUUCCACCUCACCAAGGAAAUGCUCCUGGAGGUGAAGAAGAGGAUGCGGACCGAGAUGGACAUGGGGCUGAAGAAGCAGACAAACGCUAAGGCUGUGGUCAAGAUGUUGCCCUCCUUCGUUCGGAGCACUCCAGACGGCACUGAGCACGGUGACUUCUUGGCCCUGGAUCUUGGGGGCACGAAUUUCCGUGUCCUGCUGGUGAAAAUCCGCAGUGGGAAGAAGAGAACAGUGGAAAUGCACAACAAGAUCUAUGCCAUCCCCGUUGAGAUCAUGCAGGGCACUGGGGAAGAGCUGUUUGACCACAUCGUCUCCUGCAUCUCUGACUUCCUGGACUACAUGGGGAUCAAGGGCCCCCGGAUGCCUCUGGGCUUCACAUUCUCGUUUCCCUGCAAGCAGACAAGUCUGGACAAGGGAAUCUUGAUCACCUGGACGAAGGGGUUUAAGGCAACCGACUGUGUGGGGAACGACGUAGUCACCUUACUAAGGGACGCAAUCAAGAGGAGAGAGGAAUUCGAUCUGGACGUGGUGGCCAUAGUCAAUGACACGGUGGGCACCAUGAUGACCUGUGCUUAUGAGGAGCCCACCUGUGAGGUCGGACUCAUUGUAGGGACCGGCACCAACGCCUGCUACAUGGAGGAAAUGAAGAACGUGGAGAUGCUGGAAGGGAAUGAGGGGCAAAUGUGCAUCAACAUGGAGUGGGGUGCUUUUGGGGACAACGGGUGUUUGGAUGAUAUCAGAACACAUUAUGACAAGCUGGUGGAUGAAUAUUCUCUAAACGCUGGGAAACAGAGGUAUGAGAAGAUGAUCAGCGGCAUGUACCUGGGUGAAAUUGUUCGCAACAUCUUGAUCGACUUCACCAAGAGGGGAUUCCUGUUCCGGGGGCAGAUCUCUGAGCCGCUGAAGACUCGGGGCAUCUUUCAGACCAAGUAUCUCUCUCAGAUUGAGAGUGACCGGUUAGCACUGCUCCAGGUGCGGGCCAUCCUCCAGCAGCUGGGCCUGAACAGCACCUGCGACGACAGUAUCCUCGUCAAGACCGUGUGUGGCGUGGUGUCCAAGAGGGCCGCACAGCUGUGUGGCGCGGGCAUGGCCGCCGUGGUGGACAAGAUCCGGGAAAACAGAGGGCUGGACCAUCUCAACGUGACCGUGGGGGUGGAUGGAACACUCUACAAGCUUCACCCACACUUCUCCAGAAUCAUGCACCAAACCGUGAAGGAACUGUCACCAAAGUGUAAUGUGUCCUUCCUCCUGUCCGAAGACGGUAGUGGCAAGGGGGCUGCCCUCAUCACGGCAGUGGGCGUGCGGCUCCGGGAGGAGAUGAGCAGCUAAGAGGCCUGGACCCCAGCCUGCUGCCCUUCCAGCACUUACUUAUCUCUCCAAGCGGCGACCCCCCCAUUCUUCCAGCAAGCCGUGCUGGGAGACGCCAGCACCAGAGCCCGCCACUGCCACAGCGGGGAGGGAAACGGAAGCCAGCUAAUGGCUCAUAGCGUAGGCCACAAGAUAGAGUGUGUGCUGCUGAUAAUCUCUCUCACCUCGGGGUCCCUCCUCACCUGUCCCACCACUCUGCAUGAUUUGAUUCCAGCCCGGCCAUGCGGCCCCCACGUGUGAAGUUUCGUGGCACCCAUUUUUAAUUUAUGCAUUCGUCCAACAGUUAUUUAUUGGCCUGAGAUGAAAAGUCACACUGUCUGACAGGCCUCAUGGGCAUCCGUAGCCCAUCCUGGGGAACGAAUCCCCUGUGUAAAAUCUAUUAUCACCAGCAGACACUGCCGGGGCUCCUCCCAGGGGCUCUCGCCACUCCCUCCCCUCCCAGCACCCACUGCUGUCUGGCGUCCGAAGGAUCCCGUCUGGGUGUGUCAGUGCCACUGGAUUGCGUGUCUGUGGACCUGGUCAUGGCCACAUUGUGACUGUCUUGCAUUCUAUCUUGUGGGGUGGGGGGAAGUGGUCAGUCCUGUGGCAAAGUGUCUUGUCUCUAUUUGCCUAAAAGGAACCAAUCAAAAAAAUAGUGCCCUCAUUGGAAUGUCCCAUCGCUUCUGUGAGCCAUGUCGUAUGACCUAGUAAACUU